GGCGCAAGGAGGGGCUGGGAGACUGAAGGAGCGACGGGGGAAGCUGGAAACAGAUAAAGAGAAGUAAUGAGGGAGAGACAGAGAGACUGAGAUACUGGGGGACAGAGAAGGAGAGGGACAGGGCCUCUGCAGGGGGAGGCGGCAUUCCAGAAGCUGAAGACCAGACUUCGUGCAACCUGCGCCCGUGUUUCCCUGCCUCCUGGGAUUCAGGGAAGGUAGUCCUCCUGGGUGCCUGUCCCGCCGCUUUCUCUGCCCCCCAAUACCAGCCCACCCUGAAAAACUCCAAAGCGCGAGGUGGAAAGACAAAGGAGAAAGCAGAGGACAGUCAGCGGGGCCUCAGAGGGGGCCGCGCACAGGUGGCUGGGCCACACCUGUACUCAGCAUCGCACCUGUGCUCCCCCCCCAUCCUGGGGUAGGGCGGUAUCGAGGCUGAGAAGAUGGCACGGGUGUGCAUCACUCAUGUGGGCCCGCUUUGGAGACCGAAGUGGGGAGCAGAGAGACAGGUGGGAGACCCCUGCCCUCUCCUCACCCGCAACUUUGCUAAGUGACGCAGGAGACCCGCAGACUUUCAGGUAUGGCGGCAUCGCGGCCCGCUUCCGCCACCUGCUGGCGACAAGGCAGAAAGACGCGGUGAGCGACGGGGGAAGCCCCAGCAGGCAACUCCCCAAGGUGCAUCCUGAAUGAUAGGGGCGUCCUGGGGCCCUGUUCAGGUCUGCCUUCCAGAAACCCUCUCCCGCUCACCCAAGCUGCCCCGUUGCCCUUGACCCGGCCUCUGCUGCUCCUCCCCGCGGGAGCGGACUUCCCCUCAGGGCUGGGCAGUGAGUCACCGCCCCAGGGAGGCACACCCCAGGAGGGCACAGCGGGCCCCACCGGCACGAGUGAGAGCUCCCCAGGACCCCCUAGCUUUCGGGGUGAGCUGGAUCUGUCUCCUGCUGUGUGACCUUGAGCCACCCCCAGCCAUCUCUGUGCUUUGACUCCUGGGCAUAGUGGGGAGGCCCUUCCUGAGUCACAUCCAUGGAGGGCGAGGAAACUGCUCACCAGCUCACCAGGGACCUGAAAGCCGCUGUCUCAGCCAUCAUCCAGGGUCACGGGGCCGGGCCACCUGUGACAGACACCAGCGCUGAGCUGCACGGGCUUUGCGGCUGCCUGGAGCGCCUGCUGCAGUUCGACCUGAAAGAGCAGAGGGGCUUCCUGCGGGCUCGUAGAGAUUACUGGGACUUCCUCUGUGCGGCCCUGUGGUGCCAGCGUGGGGACACCGAGCCUAUCCUCUUCGUGCGCUCCCAGGACAAGCUGCGGACCUCGCUGGGGAGGGGCCGCGCCUUCAUCCGCUUCUGCCUGGCCCACCAGCAGCUGGCUGAGUCACUGCAGCUCUGCCUCCUGGACCAGGCGCUUGCCAGGGACUGGUAUGGCCCUCGGAGCCCCCUGUGCUGCCCUGAGCUCCAGCAGGGUCUCCUGGAUGCUCUCUAUGCCCUCAACGGGGUGACCUUCCACUUGGACCUGCAGCGGCCAGACCUGGACGGUGCCUGGCCCUUGUUCUCAGAGUCCUGCAGCUCCGACACCAGCGAGAGCCAGGCACAAAGGCCCAGAAAGACCAAAGUCUUCCCCAAAGAGGUGCAAAAACCCAAGCACAGAGAGGUCAAGUUCAGCGAGAAGGAUCAUAGGGGUGAGAUCCCAGCUGCAUCUGGAGGCCUCAGAGGAGGCCACGUGGGGAGAUCACACCCCCAUGAAGCUCGAAGUCUGCAAGAUGCACCCAGAGAGGCCCAACUGACGGGACCCACGCAUCCACCUGCCUGCUUGGAAAAGACAAGCCUUGGGGUCCCCCAGGGAAUGUGGGGAGUAGAUAACUGGGAGUCACUUCAGCAAAGCCCAAAGAAUGGGACCCCAAGAAUGGAAGUCCACCUGGGGAACUCAACGGCCAGCAUCCAGGGACAGCGGGAGGGGGUCACAGGGGUUUGGAAAGCAGUGACAGGGACAGAGACUGAGGGAAGAGAGGUCUCCCUCAGUGCUGAGGGCCAGAGGACCACAGAGGGGCCUCACGGUGCCAGGACAGAAGAAGAGGGUCACAUGCAAACGCAUCCAGCCUCCAGCUCCGGGGGAACCAAGGAGAACCUGCCAGGGAGCAGGCAGGGAGGGGAGGCCUUGCAGGAUGUGGUUGAGAGCCUGAGGUGUGAUCUCCAGAAGGCCCAGGAGUGGGCCCAGCACCAGAAGUGGCUACUGGAGGGGCAGCUGGAGGUUCUGCGAGAGCAGCUCAGCAGGUCUCAGGCAGAGCUGGAGCAGGAGCGGAGAGAAGCAGAGAGGAGGAUGAAGUUGCAUGAGGAGGAGCUGGGGGCACAGCGGGACCUGGUCAACACCAUGAAGAAGCGGGUGCUGGAGCUGAUCCAGGAGAAGGAUGCUCUGUGGCAGCAGCUCCAGCAUGUGACCUCCAUGGCCCCUGGUUGCUGUGUGGUCUGCAACAAGGAGUUCCGCCGGCUGUCCCGACGGUACCCGUGCAGGGUCUGCCAAGGCCUGCUGUGCCAUGCCUGCUCUGUGGAUUACAAGGCCAGAGGGCGCCGCUGCCCACCAUGUGCCCAGAAAGGAGAAGCCCAGCUCCUGUGACCAAGGCCCGCCCAGACAGGCCACCUCACCCCACCAGGCGGCCCUUCCCACCCUAUGGACAGACCCUCCUACAUUUUGGAAAUCGGUGAGCUGAGGUGGACAGCACUGUGGGGACAGACUGAGGUGUGGGCAUCGGAGAGGGGAGGCUGGUGGGCAGGAGAUGUAUGCCAGCCCCCGUGCCCACCACAGAGGAGCUGUGCCCAGCCACCAUCUUCUCUAAAGUCCCUUCAGGCUCAGUAAGUACUCACCCAAGUGGGAGCCAGGGGCCCCACUGUCCCCUGUCUCUCCUAUCCCCCCGCCUUACCUGGCCCUCACAAUGCUUCACAGGGCUCGCGAUCCUCUGGAGCCUCCUGACAUGAGUCUGAUUGAGAUUUGUCUAAUUUUCAGUAGCUUUGUCCAGGUACAAUGAAGAGAUUGUGUCAUGUGAACUGUUCAGUUUGAGGAGUGCUGCCUGUAGCGUGCACCCUGAAACCAUUGCUAUGUUCAGAUAAUAAACAUUCCCAUCUGA